AUGCCACCUGCCCAUGAAUGCUCUGCAAACCAGGCUUCACUCACACCUGAUGGCGAUCUGAAUCCAAAUGACAGGGAGCAGCCAUUUGAGAAUAACAACGACAACCACCAUGGAGAAAGAGAUGAUUAUAAGAUGGACUAUGGGACUGAUGGUAAUAUCGCCCCCGAUAUCAGCAGGGAUGCCAAUGAAAUAAAGGUUCAGAUAUCUGCUGGUGAUAUCGACAAAUUGAUGCACCUCUGGGGCCUUGGUCUCACUUGUCAUGGAGAUGCCCCUCCAUUUGCGGAUCAUUGGGACCUGUAUUCAACUAUCAACGAAACACCAAUUGGAGACAUCCCUUGGCAGAGCUUUUCAAUGAAGUAUAGUUCUGAUGAUGAUCUAAAUAGCAGUCUCACACCGUGGAUGGACGCAAUGUACACUACGUGGUUCUGCGACCCACGUACUAUCAUCCAUAAUAUGCUAGGUAACCCCGAUUUUAAAAAUGGGAUAGAUUAUGCACCAUACCGGGAGUGGAAGGGAACAGGGGACAGCGCAACUCGCCAAUGGCGCAAUGUGAUGUCGGGUGAUUGGGCCUGGGACCAAGCAGACAAUAUUGCUAAAGAUCCAGCUACGCAUGGCUUGAUGUUUGUCCCAGUUAUACUCAGAAGCGAUAAAACUACAGUCUCAGUGGCGACAGGUCAAAAUGACUACUACCUGCUGUAUGCCUCAAUUGGCAAUGUCCAUAAUAAUGUCCGCUGUGCACACGGUAACACUGUAGCUAAACAACUAUUUCAUUCUUCGCUCUCAAGGAUUCUGUCAUCACUCAAGCCCGCCAUGUCCAUCCCUAAAGUUGUCCAAUUCAGCGAUGGACAUUUUAGACAUGUGUUGUAUGGUCUCGGUCCUUAUAUUGCCGAUUAUCCUGAGCAACUCAUCCUUGGUUGUGGCCUUUGUUCAUGGGAAGUUGUAGAUACCCUUUGUAAAGAGGUUGAUUCUGGAGUGCUUUGGGAUGAAUGGGGGGUCAUCGGCAAGCUAGUACCAUUCACAGAUGAUUUCCCUCAUGCCAAUAUUCACCAACUUCUCGCAUCAGAUAUCCUGCAUCAAGUCAUCGAGGGAGCCUUCAAAGACCACCUGGUGGCAUGGGUCGAGCAGCACAUGCGAAGGAGAUCUUGGAUGAUAUCGACCAUUGCUACAGCUCUGCCUUUCGCAGGACUUUGCCGAUUUCCACAAGGAUGUGGAUUCUCGCAAUGGACAGGUGAUGACUCAAAGGCGCUCAUGAAAGUUUAUCUCCCUGCCAUUGAGGGGCACAUUCCUCAAGAUAUAAUUCGAUGUUUUGGGGCCUUCCUCAAAUUCUGUUACAUUGUGCAGCAAGAUAUUAUCGCAGAGGACACUCUUCUGCAACUUUCCAACUACACAGGUAUUCGAUUUGAUGUCUUUUCAUUGCCGCAUCAGCACACACUAUGUCAUUACUCAAUGCUUAUCUUCAAGGAACCCUGGCGCCAUUCGAGUAAAUUUAAUGCAUUCAGACAAAUGUUGCUGACUAACCAACAUCUCGACAAACUCGCUGCAUCAGGUUCUGACUUCACCGCAUGUGGAAUGCUCAACAACUCAUAUGCUUCAGACCAUUUAGACUCGGAUCGCCAUCACUUGGAUGAGCCUGGUGAUGGCAUAUUGGAAGGUCCCAGAGCACAGUGUGAUGUUAAAUUAGCAUGUACCCCUAGUGAGUUUUCAUUUAUUUUAUAUGUUUCAAUCACUCAAUGUGGCACCUUCGAAGAACGAUCUUGCACACACAAUAUACAUGCAUGGGCAAAUGAGCUUGGCAUUCUGGGUCUCCCCCAUCUCAUUUGGCUUUUUUUAUAUGAUCAACUUCUUGCAGAUGAUACGCACACUUCUAACAAUGUCCCCCUUAGCGCAUGUCCAAGAUUUGAGGGCCAAGUUAAACACAUUUGUGCGGUACUGUCAUGGCGUCAAGGCCCUGCUCGUAACAACACUGUCUUCAUCAAUACUGGCAGUGAAGAUGGGAUCAACGGGAUGGAAGUCAGUCAUGUUCUUGGAAAGACCUUCCCCUGCGCCCUCAUCCACUGGUUCAAACUCUUUGCAAACAAGCCAAAUCCAGACACCGGCAUGUGGAUGUCGAGAAGUCGAGAGCUCUCCAUUGUCCAUGUUGACACCAUCGUCUGUGCAUGUCACCUUUUACCUAUUUUUGAUGCCCAUUUUACUCCGGAGCAUAUUACACUUCAUAAUAUCUUAGACUUAUGGCCCAGUUUUUAUGUUAAAAAAUUUAUAGAUCAUCACGCUGUAGAGACUUAUGCCUCUCAUGCUUUCCUGUGCAAUGUGCCCCAUGCACACACACUUCCCGCGCUUCAUGAUGUAUAUGCAGGCGUGCUUUCCCGCGCUUAA